GCCACGCAGCUCUUGCAAAGUCGUCGACACUUCAUCAUCCUACGCAGAGCCAUGUCGUCGUUCCGAGACACGAGCUUCUCGCAGUACUACCUGGCCCAACAAGUCUUUCAUGACGACGAGCUGGACGCCGUGAUCGACACGUUGCGUAAACCUCUUCCUUCUUGCUUUCGUAUCAAUCCCAAUGCACCCAACCGCGCGAGCAUCCACGAGGCAUUGCAAACAGAAUUCCAGUUCGAGCGUGGCUCCAUCGUGUUCAAAGACCAACCGGUGACACCGCCGCAGGAACUGCCCUGGUUUCCCGCGGCCAGCGGCGCUGCAUGGCAAGUCGAAUGUGGCAAAUCUGCCAUUUCCAAGCUCGGCCGCGAGAACGAAUUGUUUGGGGCGUUGCAUCGAUUCCUCGUGCUCCACACCGCCAGCGGCGCCAUCACGCGCCAGGAAGCGGUCAGCAUGAUCCCUACACUCUUCCUCGACGUCCGUCCCGGCCACCGUGUCCUCGACAUGUGUGCCGCGCCCGGUUCGAAAACAUCGCAAAUUCUGGAAACGCUGACUGUGUCCGACGUACAAGAUGGAUUUGUCGUGGCCAACGACGCCAGCGAAAAGCGCGGAUACAUGCUGGUCCAUCAGCUGUUGCGGCUAGGGCUGCUCUCGGCGGUCGUGACGUGUCAUCAAGGCCAAGACUUCCCUGGCUUGUACGACCCCACAACCCAGCACUUGCACACGACCAACGCUUUUGACCGCGUGCUGUGCGACGUGCCUUGCACUGGCGACGGCACUCUGCGCAAAAAUGAAAACAUUUGGCGCCACUGGCACGUCGGCGACGGCCUCACGCUGCAUCCAAUCCAGCUCGAAAUUGCCAUGCGCGGCGCCGCGCUGCUCAAAGUCGGCGGCACGAUGGUCUACUCUACAUGCUCGUUCAACCCCAUCGAGAAUGAAGCGGUGGUGGCAGAGCUCAUCCGACGCAGCGAUGGCGCCCUCCGCCUCGUCGAGGUGGCGCUGCCCGGGCUAAAGCAUCGGCAGGGUCUCACGACGUGGCAAGUGGGCUGGCAGUCAAAGACCAAAGCCAAGAAGCAGCGCCACGUCACGGCCAACGACGACCACACGCCUCCCAUCAUGGCGUGGUAUCGUUCGUUUUCAGAGGACAUUCCCGCCGACUUGCGCGGGUACCGCCUCACGCGGUCCAUGUUCCCCCCCGACGAACAAGAUGGCAACGUUGUUCAUUUGGAGCGAUGCUUGCGAUUCGUCCCGCACGAUCAAAACACGGGCGGGUUCUUUGUUGCGGUGUUGGAAAAGGUGGCGCCGCUGCCCGGCGCGGACGAGCAAGGGUUGCCUGCGUAUGAAGUGCACUCCGAGCUCGGCCCAAAGUGCUACCGGUAUGUGUGUCGGUUGUGUAACCAACCGGGCCACCACAUCCAAGACUGCUCCUUAUCGAAAAAGAGCUUGGACAAAGCAGCUCUAAACGCAGCCUCAUCACUACCUUUGAGUCCAGAAUCUGGGUACACUGGAGCACACGAGGAGGACGCCCCCAGUCACGAAAAUGCUACGGCGGACGAAGUGUCGGCGGGUGUGCUCAAGGCCCUGCCGCCAUCUGUGUGGGGCACGCUGCAAGAUUUUUACGGCUUGCCCGAUACGUUUCCGUCGGAGCGGUUGUUUGCACGGUCGCAUGGCACGGGCAUCGUGUCGUACGUGUCGUCCAGCGUCCAAGCCGCAUGUUUGGCCGGUCCAGACUUGAAAGUCAUCAGCACGGGCGUCAAAGUGUUUAUGAAGUUUUCCACGAGCCAUUUCAAAGGCUACCGCCCUGCUCAAGACGGGCUGGAGCUACUCGUGCCUUUUUUGAGCAAACGCAAAGUGGUGGUGGGCUGGGCAGCGUUUCACCAACUUGUGGGUAUCACCAGCUCCACAUUGUUUGACAAUUUGGACGAGGCCACGGCCCCCAAGUUCCGGGGCAUGGCAGUUGGGCCGGCCGUGGUGGUGCUCCAGCAAGCCCAGCACGAACAGAUGCUUCCGGUGGUGGGGCUGUCCAUCUGGGUGGGUCACACGAGCCUCGCCAAGCUCGUCACGACCUCCGACUUGUCCAUUUUGGCCGACCACCUCUGCUCCCUCGACGCGUCGGCGUACGAGCCAUAGUAAGCAAUGUAGUAAGUAGGAUGCUAGUUAACUGGUACAGUAUGUACCCAUCCAUCCUCACACGAACAUACUAACCCCA